UGAAAACCAGAUUUCAAUGCCCUGCUGCGAACGAGAUAAGAAAAAAAAACAACAAAUGACGAUGACGUCGAUUUAUCCGUGAACGCAUCUUGAAAUUGUGCUCAAAAAUGAGGAGGCAAACGCCUCAGUGAAAAUUUAUGGCGGCAAUCCCAACGAACAUAAAAAAAUUCUAGAAUCCUAGCAGGCAUGUUGCGUUUGAAAUGAACUGAGAAUGUUAAUCACGGAUCACAUAAAUGCUGCUGGCGGGGUAACAAUGCUAAGUACUUUCGCCGGUAUCAUUGUUGUAAUGGUGAUGUUCCUACUUUACAUAAGGAACAGAAGAUCAUGGUGGAGCUCUGUGAGUGGGAUGAGCUGUUGUGAAGAAAAUUGCCCUCCAGUUUCUUUGAGACCUGUACCGCCUCCAUCAGUGCCUUGUUCUUCCACAAGGCAGCCUCCAACCAAAGAAUUAGUGAAAAAUUCCUUCGACAUGGCUGACACAAAUUCGGAUUCUGAAAUGUGCACAUCUAAACUGAAAGAAGCGCCGAACCUCCAAUCUAAAGAAAGCGUCGGACCCUUUUUCUCACCCGAACAAGAUCUCAUAUCGCUGGUUGAGAAAGGUAGGGUGGGCAUAAGCAGCAACAGCUCCUGUUGCAGCUCAAACACCAGUUCUGUAGGGGAGAAACAUGAGGAGAUCUCUAGUGAAAUGAAUGUCACGCAUGUAGACGAUAUAAAUAUGAGAACAUCGUCCGAUAUGAGGGAAACCAGAAUAGAUAAUCAGGGAGUGGAUUACAAGAAAUUCCAAACAUCACCGAGUUUGGAGGACAUGGAUGUCAAAAGAAACAAACACUGCAUUGUGGUGAUGAACAAUGAUGUAGAAAUAUCGAAUUUACCAACAACUUCCAUCUCGGAUCACAAUUUGAUUCAGCAUCAUGUCGAUUCUCCUCCAGUCAGUUACAAGUAUGGCCAUCUAGAGAUAGCUCUUCAGUAUGAUGCACCAAUGAGAAAAAUGACUGUACACGUAUUACAAGCUAGGGAUUUACCAAGUAGAGAUCGUGGCCAACCAACGAAUACCCAGGUUCGUCUCAUAUUACUCCCGAGCAAGAAGCAAAAGUUCAAGACCAAAAUCAGAACCGGAGAAAAUCCCCAAUAUAUGGAGAGCUUCCUCCUGCAUAGGAUCAAUCCAGAGGACGUAAAUUCGAUGGGUUUGAGGUUCCGCUUAUAUGGAUGUGAAAGGAUGAGGAAAGAGAGGUUGAUUGGCGAGGCUAUAGUUAGCUUCGCCAAUAUCAACCUGGAACUGGACAACAACUUUUGGCUUAAUCUAGAACCACGCUGUAAUACCUCGCUCAGCAGCACUGGAUGUGGCGAUGUCAUGAGCUUGACUAGAUCUGACAGCACUGGAUCCACCCAUUCUUUGUCCAUGCAACAUGGUGGUGUUCCAGAACUUCUGCUAGGCCUCUCUUACAACGCUACCACAGGAAGAUUGAGGGUUGAAGUGGUUAAGGGAUCGCAUUUCAGAAACUUCUCAGUGAACAAAGCACCAGACACAUUUGUCAAACUGAAUUUGGUCAGCAGCACAGGACAUGAACUAGCACACAGCAAAACAACUGUGAGAAGAGGUCAACCUAAUCCACUCUUCAAGGAAACUUUUAUUUUUCAGGUAGCACUAUUUCAGCUGGCAGACGUGACUCUAAUGAUAUCAGUUUACAAUCGCAAGAGGAUGGCCAAAAAGAAGGAAAUGGUUGGCUGGUUCAGUCUGGGCUUGAACUCCAGCGGAGCCGAGGAGUUGGCUCAUUGGAUGGACAUGAAGGAAUUUCAACAGCAACAGAUUCUACGAUGGCACGUGCUGGUCCAAUCAUAGCCUAGAGCAACUCCACAUAUCUCACCGAGGAAUGAUUUUCUAUUCAGCAUAUUCUAGUAUUUUUUUCGGGGACAUUUGGAUCUUCGCUUUACCCCCUUUUCGAGCAUUCUUUCCAGGAAAGGUUUGUUGUUCAAGGUUUUGUUGGUAUGCCCAACUUGAUGGUGAUUUUUGUGAUAUAUUUCUAUGUCUUGCAAGGGUUCCACUCGAGAGUCUUUUUUAAAUGUCGUGACUCUUGGAAAAAAUAUCAAAACAUUGAUGAUUUUGACAGGAUUAAGUUUUUUUAUUAUACCUACUGAUUUAUUGUAACAGUUUCUAUUUUUUUACAUUUGUUUUUAUCUCAUAUAAUUCCGAUGGAAAUAAACAUAUAACACAGUUUUUCCUUUAGUUCUAGGUGAGCAAAAUAAUUUUUCUUACGUCGAAUUCCAUAUUUAAUAUCUACCCCCAGAUUGAAGGUUUCACAGGGUACAUACUUUUAGUCGAUAAAUUUUCCAUGAUCACCCGUACCAAGCGAAAGAUCAGUGCCUAGUUGUAAACUCGUCAAACAAAAACACUGUGAGAAAUUUCAUGGAUUUUUGAACAUUGAAAGAUGCGAACCCUUGCUCGUAUUUUAUAUCUUUACUCUUCGGAAGUACUUAACGCUAAGAAUUUGAAGGUAUUUAAAAGUUUUUGGAUAUCUUGUGAAAAACACUGAAAUUAUUUUAUAGCAGAUAUUUGGAAAUGGAUUAUUGUAUUAUCUGGUUUAUCCAGACUAAAGCUGAGCGUAAGAAAUUGUUAGACUGUUCAAGAAAAUUCGGAAUAUAUAUACAAUUCAACUCUUGACUGACUGGUCUCAGUAUAUAUUCACUCGCUUUAGUUACUUAGUUUCAGCGAUCUUAAAAAGCUGGAUUAACGAUAAGCACCCAGUUGAGAUGAAAUCAUAGAAGGAACCAGUUUCGACCUGUAGAAAUAUCUGUCCAUUUCUACAGGCGGAACUGGUUGUUUAACUGGAAAAAGAGCGAAUGUAUCUACUUAUACACACAAAGUAUGUAUUCAUAUUGAAUUUCUGUAUAUUAUUGAUGUUACAAGAUUUUAUAAAAUUUUAUACUUCAAAUUUUAUAUUGAUUAACCAUUUCAAAAAUUGAUCAUAAUAAGACGCCUUGUUUUUAAGUCUUAUUACUUUGUAGAGCAAUUUUUGAACUUGGGAUUUAUUGAGCCAAGAGCAUUUAUUGUCGUUUUAUGAGCUGAUGCGUGACUAAGAGGUGUAUUGAUGUAUAAAACUUGAUCAAAAAGUCCUUUAUAUCGCUGUUUGUUCGAAGUCCCCACCAGCUCUGAAAGUAUAUAUGGAAGUUACUGUAAGUUUCCAUGAUUGUGAUAUGCAACAUUCACCAAAUUCGAAUCAAAAAAGGAAUGAAUGUUUUGCUUUAUAUAAAGCGGAUAUUUUCCAUUAUAUCUUCAUGAAUUUCACUUGUCAAUUUCAUGUGUUCAUAUGAUAUGAAAGCAGCCCGAAUGUCACAAAGAUGACGUUGGUACGUAUGUGAUUCGUAUUAUUAUAUAAAAAGAUUCCCUUAUUCAUUACUGGAACCUCAUGACGGUUCUUAUAGAUGUGGAUGGUAAAGUGGACGAACGAAGGAAAAAAAUUGGAUUUAAUGUUCCUCAUUCAGUAUUCUAAAUCGAACCAUUCAAAUCACGAAUUUCAUGCAAAUGCUAAGCAGAUUUAUAUAAUCUUUGCUUAAAUUAGAGUAGCUUUUUUAUGAUUCCGAUAGGAAUAUAUAAUAACGAUUUAUCAUCAGGAUAAUAAUCCAAUUUUCUUCUUACUCAUAGAUUGCAAAAUUAUUCUCGCACAAGAUUGGUCUCAGGAACUGACAAAAUAAAGAAUGUCAAAAUAUA